AUGAGAUUCUCCAUUGCCUCUUUGGCGCUUGCCGCUCUGGCGACCCAGACUGUCGUGGCCGACGGCUGGUUUGGCAAGUCAGCGUAUAACAAAUGGCACGAGACCGAGCUCGAGAGAUGGCUGUCGGACCACAACGUCCCAUACCCCAAGGCCGCCGAUCGCAAGGCCCUCGAAGACCUCGUCAAGGGCAACUGGGACAACAACGUCGUCAAGCCCUACAGCAACUGGGACGUCAACCAGCUCACAAGCUUCCUAAGCUCCAAGGGUCAAGAGGUCAAGAAGGGUUCUGAGAACACCAAGGAGAGCCUGCUCAGCCAAGUGCAGUCUCUGUGGACCGAGACCGCCGACUCUGCCAACGAUGCGUACGGCAACGUCCACGACUGGAUCUUCGAUUCCUGGACUGAGUCUCAGCUCAAGGCUUUUCUCGACUACCACCACAUCCCCAACCCAUCCCCUCGCACCCGCGACUCGCUUCUCUCGACCGCCCGCUCCAACUACCAGUCCAUUGCGACCAAGGUUGGCGAGACCGCUGCCUACCCUGGUGACUGGCUCUACCAGUCAUGGUCCGACUCUGACCUCAAGGCCUGGCUCGAUGAGCGCGGUGUUCCCGUGCCUCAGCCCAGCGCUCGCGACAAGAUGAUUGCCUCCAUUCGCCGCAACGCCAAGAUUGGUUCCGACAGCGUCAGAGCUCAGUACAGCACCGCCGCGGCGUCUGCUCAAUCUGCUCAGGCUUCAUUGAGCGACGCGCUUUUCGACAGCUGGAGUGACAGCCAGCUCAAGGAGUGGGCUGACAAGAACGGCGUCAAGGUUCCUCAGGGUAGCAAGCGCAACGAGAUCAUCGCUCUCGCUCGCAAGCACUCUGCCAAGAUCGCCGGUGGUGCUUCCGCCUCUGCCACUUCUGCUUACGGUGCUGCAACCACCAGUGCCGGUAACUUCUACGCUCAGGGAACCAACGCUGUCUACGGACAGUUCCGCGGUAUCUACGACAAGAUCGCCAACCAGAUCGGUCUUGCUUCCGCUGAGGCCAAGGCCAGCUUGAGCUCCGCCUCUUCCAUCGCCAGCGUCACUGCUUCCAGCGCCUCUUCCGUCGCCAGCGUUUCCGCUUCCAGCGCUUCUUCCUCCUUGAGCGUUAAGGGCUCCAAGUCUUCCUCGGUCGCCUCUAAGAGUGCCACCAGCGCCGCCAGCGUCGCGUCGUCUUCCACUCAGAGCGCCAAGAAGGAGGCCGCGAAGAGCGCCGAGAGCUCUGCCAGCAAGGCCAGCGCCUCUGCUAAGAGUGCCAAGAAUGAGUUGUAA